UGUUGUGGUGUAAAAACAUUCCAAGCAAAGCCACCUGAGAUCACCAAGUGCUACGGAGGACUUUUCCGGACGGGUUUUGGUCUUUUUUCGACACACCUUUUCCACUUUGCCAAUAUACCAAGGUGGUAUUCACAAUGGCUAAGAUUGCCACCUGUUGUUGUUUUUGCACACUUCCCAUCCAUGCAGUCUUUUCCAUUCCUUACUUGUCCGCCAUCCUCUCCUCCUCCUCCUCCCUCUUCUGUUUCUCCAUCUCCCCCCCAGUCUGCCUCUCUCUCCUCCCCCUCUCUGUCUUUUUCCCCUCUUCUUGUGUUUCUCUCCUGAGAGGUCCACUUUUUUUGAACAGUACGACCGACUGGCCCUCCACCCCACGCAGACAGUACGCCGUGAGAGGAGCUCAGAAGCCAUGAUUCCUCUCCGUGUACACCUGUUGGCAGUGCUUGUCAGCCUGGCACUCUGCCAGUACGAAGACUACGACUACAUACCCCCGUCCAUGCUGGGACCGUCCAGCUCCAACUGCAACCGCGAGUGCGAAUGCCCCAUCAACUUCCCCAGCGCCAUGUACUGUGACAACCGCAAGCUGAAGUUUGUCCCCGACGUCCCGUCAGGUAUCAAGUAUCUUUACCUCCAGAACAACCAGAUUGAUGAGAUCAAGAAAGGCGUGUUUGAUAACGUCACCGCCGAGCUGCGCUGGCUGGUGCUGGACAACAACCAAAUCACCAACGGAAAGAUAGCAGCAGGUACAAUCGACAAACUGACCGCCCUGGAGAAACUCUUCUUCAGCAAUAACCUGCUCACCGAGCCGGUCGUCCCUCCUUCUAAGGCCCUGGAUGAGCUGAAGAUGACAAACAACAAGAUGAGCAAGUUCCCCUCUGGGCUGCUGAGCGACAAGGAGAACCUGACCUCCAUCAACUUGCAGCACAACCAGCUGACCUCUGACGCCAUUGCCGGGGCGUUCAAAGGCGCCAAGAAGCUGCUGUCUCUCGACGUGAGCCACAACAAGCUGAAGAAGCUGCCGGCCGGUGUUCCGAGUUCUUUGGAAAUCCUCUACGCCGACUACAACGAUAUUGACGGCAUCGGAUCCGGAUACCUGAACAAGCUGCCAGCUCUGCAGUACCUAAGGAUCUCCCACAACAAGCUGGUGGACUCUGGGAUCCCUGCAGGAGUUUUUAACGUGACAUCUCUGCUGGAGUUGGACCUGUCCUUCAAUAAGCUGCAGUCCAUCCCCGAGAUCAACGAGCAGCUAGAGCAACUUUACCUGCAGGCCAACGAGAUCAACAAGUUUGACCUGGCAAGCUUCUGCAAAUACGUCAGCCCCGUCAACUUUUCCCAUCUGAAGCACCUGCGUCUGGACGCCAACAACAUCACGCACAGCAGCAUGCCUUCCGAAACUUCCAACUGUCUCCGCGUGGCCUCCGAAAUCAUGUUUGAAUAAGGACCUCGGCUUUCUCCAACAGUCCUACCCACUGUUUAUGGAUCUACGCCGGGAAUAGUUCUCUCGGCAAAUUACCAGUUCCGUACUGCAGUAUCAAAUUCAAUGAAACACCAAGAUCUCUAUGAAACGUUAGCCUCCAUCAGGAGAGACUUUAGGGAAUUUAGAUUAGAGAAUUUAGAUUAAUUAGGUUAAUUAAGCAGGUUAAUUUGUCAGCCAAAUAUUUGUAGACAGUCAAAAAUAUAUCCCAAAAAAUUUCUGUCAAAUUUGACGAUGACAAAAAGUUUAGAGGCGCUGUAGUUUUACCAAGUUUGCUAACCGGCUAACAACAAAUUCUAACAUUUCAAUGAGUAGCGUUAGCCGGUUAGCGACUUCAUCGACAACAGCAUUAACGUGUUGAAGCUUCAAUUGAUGGAAACACACACUACAAACAUUCCAAUUUGACACGCUAGUGUGUCAAACAGAGACACACAACGGAGUAAACAACAAAGUUAGCAUCUCCGUCGUCUCGGCCGUAGUUUUCAAUUGUCGCCUGUCUUGUGUGUUCUGUGUUUAGCAUGUAUAGUUGUCAUGUUUAAAUAAGCCAAUUGCUGUGCAAAGGGCCAGCAAAGUGUAUAAUUCUUGAAUACAUUGUAAAUGACUUUUCCGUAUACUGACUUCAUUCAAAGAAAGUUAGCUUAUCCCUCAUGCUAAAAAAAACAAAAAGAGUCACACAUGUUUGUUGUGUAUUGCCAUUUUGUAUUCUUCCCAUGACUUUUGCAUGAAUUCAAUGGUAUCAUUCUUUGAUAAUAAACUACAGCUUUUGCAGUUCUGGCGCUUCCAUUGUUGUUUAACACGUUUUAACACAAUAGGUGAACUUGUUGUGGAAAAAAAAAAAACAUUGUUUGGAUCAUUUCUUGACUCUGAAUCUCAUGAAUUUACUGUGAGAAAAACGCAC